CCCGCAGGUGGGCAGUUAGCUACUACAUCUUCAGUCAGUUGAACUCUUCAGAGCAAGGGACAAGAAGGCAGGAUAAGGGAAUUCAGUGGAAGAUACAGACAAGGAUGGAGGUGCAGUUAGGGCUGGGAAGGGUCUACCCACGGCCCCCUUCCAAAACCUAUAGAGGAGCUUUCCAGAAUCUGUUCCAGAGUGUGCGCGAAGCUAUACAGAACCCGGGCCCCAGGCACCCUGAGGCCGCUAGCAUAGCACCUCCCGGAGCCUGUUUGCAGCAGCGGCAAGAGACUAGCCCCAGGCGGCGGCGGCGACAACAGCACGGUGAGGAUGGCUCUCCCCAAGCCCACAUCAGAGGCCACACAGGCUACCUGGCCCUGGAGGAGGAACCUUCACAGCAGCAGUCAGUUUCCGAGGGCCACCCUGAGAGCGGCUGCCUCCCAGAGCCUGGGACUGCCACAGCUCCUGGCAAGGGUCUGCCGCAGCAGCCACCAGCUCCUCCAGAUGAGGAUGACUCAGCUGCCCCAUCCACUUUGUCCUUGCUGGGCCCCACUUUCCCAGGCUUAAGCAGCUGCUCCACCGACAUUAAAGACAUCCUGAGCGAGGCUGGCACCAUGCAACUUCUUCAGCAGCAACAGCAGCAGCAACAGCAGCAGCAACAGCAGCAGCAGCAGCAACAGCAGCAGCAACAGCAACAGCAGCAGCAGCAGCAGCAGCAGCAAGAGGUAAUAUCCGAAGGCAGUAGCAGCAGCACGAGAGCAAGGGAGGCCACUGGGGCUCCUUCUUCCUCCAAGGAUAGUUACCUAGGGGGCAAUUCGACCAUAUCUGACAGUGCCAAGGAGUUGUGUAAAGCAGUGUCUGUGUCCAUGGGAUUGGGUGUGGAAGCACUGGAACAUCUGAGUCCAGGGGAACAGCUUCGGGGAGACUGCAUGUAUGCGUCGCUCCUGGGAGGUCCACCCGCGGUGCGUCCCGCUCCUUGUGCACCACUGUCCGAAUGCAAAGGUCUUCCCCUGGACGAGGGCCCGGGCAAAGGCACAGAAGAGACUGCUGAGUAUUCCUCUUUCAAGGGAGGUUACGCCAAAGUGCUGGAAAGCGAGAGCCUGGGCUGCCCUGGCAGCGGUGAAGCAGGUAGCUCUGGGACACUUGAGAUCCCAUCCACUCUGUCUCUGUAUAAAUCUGGAGCAGUGGAUGAGGCAGCAGCAUACCAGAAUCGCGACUACUACAACUUUCCGCUGGCUCUGACCGGACCGCCGCACCCCCAACCCCCUACCCAUCCACACGCCCGCAUCAAACUGGAGAACCCCCUGGACUAUGGCAGUGCCUGGGCUGCCGCUGCAGCGCAAUGCCGCUAUGGGGACUUGGCUAGCCUACAUGGAGGGAGUGCAGCCGGACCCAGCACUGGAUCGCCCCCAGCCACCGCCUCUUCUUCCUGGCACACACUCUUCACAACUGAAGAAGGCCAAUUAUAUGGGCCAGGCAGUGGGGGCGGCAGCAGCAGCCCAAGUGAGGCCGGGCCUGUAGCCCCCUAUGGAUACACUCGUCCCCCUCAGGGGUUGGCAAGCCAGGAGGGUGACUUCUCUGCCUCCGAAAUGUGGUAUCCCAGUGGAGUGGUGAACAGAGUACCCUAUCCCAGUCCCAGUUGCGUCAAAAGUGAGAUGGGACCUUGGAUGGAGAACUACUCCGGACCUUAUGGGGACAUGCGUUUGGACAGUGCCAGGGACCACGUUUUACCCAUCGACUAUUACUUUCCACCCCAGAAGACCUGCCUGAUCUGUGGCGAUGAAGCUUCUGGCUGUCACUAUGGAGCUCUCACUUGUGGCAGCUGCAAAGUCUUCUUCAAAAGAGCCGCUGAAGGGAAGCAGAAGUAUCUGUGUGCCAGCAGAAAUGAUUGCACCAUUGAUAAAUUUCGGAGGAAAAAUUGUCCAUCUUGUCGACUCCGGAAAUGCUAUGAAGCAGGGAUGACUCUGGGAGCUCGUAAGCUGAAAAAACUUGGAAAUCUAAAACUACAGGAGGAAGGAGAAAAUUCCAGUGCUGGAAGCCCCACUGAGGACCCAUCCCAGAAGAUGACAGUAUCACACAUUGAAGGCUAUGAAUGUCAGCCCAUCUUUCUUAAUGUUCUGGAAGCCAUUGAGCCAGGAGUGGUGUGUGCUGGACAUGACAAUAACCAGCCUGAUUCCUUUGCGGCCUUGUUAUCUAGCCUCAACGAGCUCGGCGAGAGACAGCUUGUACAUGUGGUCAAGUGGGCCAAGGCCUUGCCUGGAUUCCGCAACUUGCAUGUGGAUGACCAGAUGGCAGUCAUUCAGUAUUCCUGGAUGGGACUCAUGGUGUUUGCUAUGGGUUGGCGGUCCUUCACCAAUGUCAACUCCAGGAUGCUCUACUUUGCACCUGACCUGGUUUUCAACGAGUACCGCAUGCACAAGUCUCGGAUGUACAGCCAGUGUGUGCGUAUGAGGCACCUGUCUCAAGAAUUUGGAUGGCUCCAGAUAACCCCCCAGGAAUUCCUGUGCAUGAAAGCACUGCUACUCUUCAGCAUUAUUCCAGUGGAUGGGCUGAAAAAUCAAAAAUUCUUUGAUGAACUUCGAAUGAACUACAUCAAGGAACUCGAUCGUAUCAUUGCAUGCAAAAGAAAAAAUCCCACAUCCUGCUCAAGGCGCUUCUACCAGCUCACCAAGCUCCUGGAUUCUGUGCAGCCUAUUGCAAGAGAGCUACAUCAGUUCACUUUUGACCUGUUAAUCAAGUCCCAUAUGGUGAGCGUGGACUUUCCUGAAAUGAUGGCAGAGAUCAUCUCUGUGCAAGUGCCCAAGAUCCUUUCUGGGAAAGUCAAGCCCAUCUAUUUCCACACACAGUGAAGAUUUGAAAACCUUCAUACCCAAACCUACCUUGUUUGCUUUUUCAGAUGUCUUCUGCCUGUUAUAUAAUUCUGCACUACUUCUCUGCAGUGCCUUGGGGGAAAUUCCUCUACUGAUGUACAGUCUGUCGUGAACAUGUUCCUCUGUUCUAUUUCCUGGGCUUUUCUUUCUUUCAUUUUCUUCUUCUCUCCCUCUUUCACCCUCCCAUGGCACAUUUUGAAUUUGCUGCCUGUUGUGGCUUCUGCCUGUGUUUUGAGUUGUGUUGUAUUUCUUUGAAUUUGUGGUGAUCCUCAUGUGGCCCAGUGUCAAUUGUGCUUGUUUACAGCACUGUGCUGUGUGCCAACCACUCAAAUGUUUACUCACCUUAUGCCAUGUCAAGUUUAGAGAGCUAUAAGUAUCUGGGGAAGAAACAAACAUAGAAAAUAAAAAGCCAAAAAAAAUAUGCUAGGUUUGUUUCUUCACAAUAAUAAAUAAACACAUAGGAUUCCCAAAGAAGCCAGCAGUGACAAGAAAGUAAAAAUUACAGGUACAUGAAGAGUCACUGUUUUAGUUCAUCCUGUCUCUCUGUAGGAAACUUAAGUUGUUGCUAAUGGCUAUUGCUAUUAAAGAGCAGGAUGACCCCAAAGCUUACUGGUAGGAUAGAGAGAAAAGAGGACAAGGGGGGAGUGUGGAUAACUAUUACUUCCCCACAGCCUUUGUCACUGAGCACUAGAGUGCUCAGUUGCAGUGCAAUUCAUUGUACUGAAAUGUGCUUGUUGUUUGAAAACUUGUCUGCAUGUGAAUGCCUCCUCCUUCAAAUCAUUUUCUCUCUCAACCUCUGCUUCCACCCUCAGCUGACUUUCAAUAGGUUUUCUAAGAGCUUUGAACGAAAUGUUCUCUUUAGCCAAAACUUUGGCCACUUCCACUGAAGUUAUGUCAGUAAGAAGAGAGCAGAGUGAUCUGACUCUUUGGAAGGCUCCAUUCAGAUCUAUGUCCAUAUUUUCAUGUGUGAGCCAUAGAGGAACUUUGUGGCUGGAGUCAGA